CGAGCGGUGGCUCUGCGCGGAGCGCUUAGCUGUGCAAUAUACCGUGCAAAUAACAUACCUUGGUGCAAGCCUGCCUUCAUAUCGCUGUAGUCACAACGCCCACAGCUGCACGCACAAAAGCCUGAGCAUCGCCCUGCAGCGUGCAGCUUGUGCAGCACAGAUGCCGCGACCGGCCAAGCGCCCGCGACCGCAGGACGCCCGCGAGCAGCAAAGAGACGCCGCCGCAUCGGUGUUGGAACGGAGCGCCUACAACUACGGCAGUGGACGCGCCGCGAAGGUCGAGGCCUGCGCGCGUGCCGUGCGCGCCGCUUUACUGGAAGCGCCGCUGCGGCCCGCCGGCGCGCCGGCCAAAUUAAUGCUGUGCGCCCCGAAGGGGCUGAAAAACGAACAUGCGGCCUGCGCCUUCGCGGCGCCCGCGAAGGUUUCCGUUGUUGGCUCGUGGCUCCUGCGGACGGGCCUCAAGCGCCAGGCGGAGAUGGACCUCGCCGUCGAGCUGCCCGACGCGUUAAUAACAAUAAAGGACCUCGCGAACGGGCGCUACCUCGCGAAGCGUUGUGCUUAUUUAGAACAGUGUGCUGAGGUGCUGCGGGAGGCCGGAUACCAGGUCACGAAGGUUGCGUUCCAGCGGGACGCGAGACGGCCUAUCCUCGAAGUCUCAGAUGAUGAGGGCGGCGCCGUGAAAGUCAUGGUGGCGUGGCAGGCGCCGGCGAAGGCGCGCCUGCUCCUGGCGCCGAGCCGCAACAACGUUCGCGCCGCCGACGGUUCGUGCGUCCAGCCGACGCCGGCCUACAACGCGGCGCUACUCGGCGACGCGGCCCUGGACCGCCAUUUACAACUCCUCCACGGCGCGUGCUCGGCGGACGCGGCGGUCGUCGACGCAAGCGUGCUGCUGAAGGUGCGGCGCGGCGCGCGAAUCACGACGCGACGCCGUCGCCUCGAUGGCGUGGCGGGUGCACACACUCACGGGUCGAUCCGCGCGCAGGCGUGGCUCCGGGCCGAGGACCAGCUUAGUAGGGACGACGGCCCGGGCGGCUUCCUGGCGGCCAUGGUCGCCUACCACUGCGCCUCCUCUGUAAGGCCGCCGGAUCACAUCGACGCCGCUCUGUCGUUGUUCCGCGAUUCCCUAAAAUUUCUGGCGGGCAACGAGUGGAGCUCGUCGCAAGUCACGCUGCGCGGGGCGUCGUCCGCCGACGCCGCGUGGCCCCUGCCGUCUCUGGUCGACGGCGACAUUAAUUUAGCGGCGUCUUUAUCGUUAGCGGCGGCCGCGGAACUCUCGGACUGCGCGACGCGCGCCCUGGAGGCGAUUCGGCGCGACGCGCCUCCUGGCGCGUUUUCACUGUUAUUCACUCCGAGAAGUAGGCAGUACGACCUGUCCGUGAAGGUCCCUCUGUUGGGUGGCGACGACGCCUACGCCGCGUCCCUCGCGACGGACGAGGACGACGCCAGCAUCCUGGGCCUGACCGUCGCGCAAGCCGUCGGGCGGCGCGUCUGUGCUACCGUGGAGCGAGCUUUAGCUGGUCGACUGCGCCGGCCGCCGCGCUGGGAUUGUGACGGCGACGCCAUCACCAUCGGCGCGUCGCUCUCGACGGACGCCUGGCGCCAGGUCCUCAAGGGCGGCGCGCCGCCGACGGACGAAGGACGAAGUUUCAGAGCGUUCUGGGGCGACCGGUGCCAGGCGCGGCGGUUUAAAGAUGGGCGGGUUUUGGAGGCGGUCGUGCGCAUGCUGCGUCCCCUUGGCUUCGCACGCGGCGAUGGCGUCUUCAUAAGGGUCCACGCACACAGGUCUGGGAGCCGCCCCAAAACUGCAUCGGCGACGGCUGGAAGCGCCUCCUCCCGCAGAGGAGCCUCGCCCACGCCCUGGCGCGCCACGAGCCCCGGCGGCCGGCGUCGCUCGACGGCGCCCCUCCAGGUUUAAUGAGGGACGACGCCGGCCACGUCUCCGACGCGCGGACGGCCUUCGAGGCCCUCGCGACCGUACUACGGAAGGGCGACGGGCCGCUGCGCGUGGACCACGCGUCGCCAUCGUCACCGCACCUGCGCGGGACGAGCUGGCGCGUCAUACGAGCGAACGCGAAGAGCGGCGUCUUGGAGUGCCUCGACGGCGUCGUGCGGUUCGCGCCGUCGGACGCCUGGGAGAAGCUGCCUUCCGAAGCGCGGGACGCGGCGUCAUUGAGUCUGCUGGCGAAGAUAGUUCCUGAUGCCCAAUUGUUUGCUGGAGAUGAUACAGUGAGGCCGCAUCUCUUAGUGAGCUACAGGGGCUACGCCAUGCGGUUGGCUCCUCGGUUGAUCACGCGGAAGAGUCCCCGGAGCGACGAUCUGGCGCACCUGCACCACUCUCUAUUACGUUCUCUAGCAACAAAACAGCCUUGCAUGCCGGACGCGUGUCGGCUAUUGGUGAGGUGGUGCCACGCGCAGUGGUUAUCUGAUUACGUCCAGCAGGAGCACCUGGAGUUGGUCUGCGCGGCGGCGUUUGCGCCUUUGGCAAGUAACUCGGGCGUGGGCGAAGUGCCGGCGUCCGCGCGCUCCGGUUUUGUCGCGUGCCUGCGAGUCCUGGCGACGCACGACUUCUCGAAUGCCGCUCUGUACGUGGACUUGCGGCGCUGUGCGGACGACGCGCGGCCUGCGUCACUGGCUGAAAGGGCCUCGCUCGUUGCUACGUCGAAUCGAAUCGCCGCCGACUACGCCGACGACGUCACACCGUGCGUCGCGAGUGGCGCACUCGCGAGGAACGCUUUCCUGGCGCCACCAGAAGCAGUGGUGUGGCACUUGCUAGUGGACGGGGCAAGAGCCGCUCUCCAAACCCUCGAGGACGAUGACGCGCUGUGGGGCUCGCAAGGCGGUAAGGCGGCGAGGCAGGCGGCCGGAGCGUUCGUUGUAUUGCGGGGCGACGUCGUAAAUACUGGAGACGACGUCCGCGGCCCGCGGGCGCUGCGGCCGCGAGAAUCGUUCAGGAACCUGGGCGACGCCGAUGCGGGCGCCUUCGUCCAGGAGGGGCCCGCGGACGCCUUCGCGCGGAAGUGUCGGGAAGCGUUCGGGGAUGUAGCGCUAUUCCUGCGCGACGCGCGCGAGCCGAAGCGGAUGGCGGUCGUCUGGCGCCCUGGUUUCGACGGCGACGCGCGCCAGGUGCUUCGAGCCGUCGCGGCGCUCGGGGUGUCCGUCGUGAAGCGGGUGGAGGUCGUUGGGUAAUGUUUCUAUCAAUUAC